UUGGGGGGGGGGGGUCUUUGAUUAAGACGAUUCUCUAAUUUUCUUUCCUCCCUGUUUGGUGAAUUGUUGCAAUGAGCCAUCCUGUAUUUGACUAUUCCAAUUUUAUCCCCGGAAAGGGGGGAGCAACAGGCAUGUUGCAUCUGGUCAUGAUGUAUAAGGUAUGAAUUGAAAAUUGUGCAGGUAAAAAGCUGGAAGAGGGGGGAUUACCAUAGAAUCCUAGAUGAUUUUGUGUAUUAUGAUGUGUGUCAAGUUCUGACGCUGGGAGAUGGGGAUGCAAGGGGAUAAGAAGCAAGUGAAAUGGAGCUUCAGAAAGGAUUUUGUGAUAAGAGAGUCGAAUGCGUGAUGGUGUCAACAUGAGAGCCAAUAAGAUACUGACCGAAGCUGCGUUUGUUGUGGAUACAAAUGUUGAAACUCGCCCAUCAAUACUCAGCUUCGCCUUCAUGUACGCUAAGCCAUUACAUGUAUCAUGGUGUGGGAAUUCCUCGUAACGACGACGUUUUCAGGAUUAAAAGGCAUAAUGAGCGCGUUGGUUUACGCGCCUUCAGUUGCUCAUUUCCCUUCCCUCCCUCUGAUGCUGGUCGACGACGCUGGUGCUUCUGCAGAUACGACGCUCCGCCUCCUCCAAUGGCAUCUUCUUCUCUUGUCCGAAUUGCUGUUGUCGGUGAUGUCCAUGGCCUCUGGAAUCUGGAAGAAGAUCGAAUGGCGCUUCAGCUGCUACAGCCACAUUUGGUGCUUUUCACAGGUGAUUUCGGUGAGGAAAAUGUCCCACUUGUGCAAAGUGUGAGCCUUCUUCCUUUUCCUAAAGCAGUUAUAUUGGGAAACCAUGAUGCCUGGUACACCCAUGAUUUAUCAAGGCAACAAAAUGGCGUCCAAAUGCAGCUUGAUGUUCUCGGUGACGAGCAUGUAGGAUAUAGACGCUUGGACUUCCCUUCAUUAAAGCUCAGUAUUGUUGGUGGCCGACCUUUUUCACAUGGUGGAGAUCAAUUAUUUCGGAAAAAGCUGCUUGUGCGCAGAUAUGGAGUUGUGGAUAUGGAUUCUAGUGCUGGGAGAAUUUGUAGUGCUGUACAGGGGACACCAGAUGAUCAUUUGGUUGUAAUUCUUGCACACAAUGGGCCAACAGGCCUUGGUUCUCAAGCAGAGGAUGUUUGUGGAAAAGACUGGGAUGGUGAAGGUGGCGACCAUGGAGAUCCAGAUCUGGAACAGGCGAUAUGCCAAUUGAAGGAGACAACAAGUUUGCCAAUUCCAUUAGUUGUGUUUGGGCACAUGCAUAAGGUGCUGCAGUCAAGGAAGGGGAGCCGGAAAAUGGUUGUGGAGGGGAGUGACAAGAAGACCUUAUAUCUGAACGGUGCAAUAGUUCCAAGGGUUAAACGAACAAAAGUUGAUGAUCACUGUCAUGACAGUCUGAGUGGUUUCAUGAGAAAUGAAAAAUGGAAGGCCGCAGCAGAGUCAGAGGGUGAGAGCACAGCAAGGGCUUUCACUGUGGUGGAGAUUUUAGAUGGAAUAGUCGAGAAAAUAGCAGAAACUUGGGUGCACGUAGAUGGAAGUAAUGCCAGAAUUGUGGAGGAGGAGACGUUGUACUUGUACAGGAAUGUCGGUGGUUUUCAACCGGGGGCGUCUGUUUAAAGACCAGGUCGGUCAUUCCCAGUGUAAAGUUGUGGUUGUGGAUAUCCUUUUGUUUUUCUGAAUUAAGGCAUGCCAUAUUUAGUCACAUUAACUGGUUUUGGGACUGAAUGAUUGAUUCGUUUCCUCCGCCA